CCUACACUGUGCAAUUAAAAGGAUUCUUUUAUUGUUUUAAACAGUGAUUUUUCAGAUUCUGUCAAAAUGGCUUUUUACGCAUUUUUGAUGCAGCUUAAUAAUGACACGCAGUUGUCUUCAAAAGAUAUGGAGCGAAUGUCUCUUAUUUCUGAAAUUGGCGGUUCAAUGUCUAUGGUUUGCUGUGUUCUAAUACUCAGUCUGCUCUGUUUGUUGCCUGUACGCAGUGACGGUAUGUUUAUUACCAGCAACAUGUGUGUAGUUCUGAUGGCGGCACAGUUAUCUUUCAUCGGAGCGGAGAAUACUGGAUAUCCUGAUCCUGUAAUGUGUAAGAUUGCCACGUGUGUGCUGCACUACUUUUUUAUGUGUGUUCACUUCUCGUCAUUCGCUUACGCCCUUCACCUUUGGUCAAAGUUCGCGCCCAUGUGUCUCGGGACAUGCCGAAGGAGAGGAGUUUAUAUCUUUACUAUUUGGCUGGUUCCAGGUAUCAUCGUAAUAUUGACCGCAAUCGCACGUGGGGACCAGUAUGCGCAGGAAAAGAGGUGUUGGCUUCCACCAGAACAAAACACACGUCUGGCGUUUCUACUGCCAGUCUUUUUAAUUCAGCUGUCAAACUGGAUCUUAUACAUGAUGAUUAUCCGGGCGGGGAUAGUGCUCGAUACGACAAAGGGGAAGGACAAACGCACUAUUUUCAGGCAUAUGUUCCUCUCCACCCUGUCAAUGUUCCCCGUGUUUGGUCUGCAGUGGACAAUCGGCUAUGCUGUAACAUUUGAUCUUGCCACAGCACUCCAGUAUACCUUCGUGAUUUUAGCCUCAGGACAGGGAUUACUACUUCUAUUAUUCCAUGUGCUGACGAAUGGCGAGAUCCAGAAAGCGCUUUGUACAAAGAUUACCGAUAAAGAGAGUGGUACGUCAUCACCAUCACGCACAGCACAAAAUACGGUUGAUUCACACGUGCAGUCCUCGCAAGCCUCCAAAAAUGAAAAUUGAAUGAAAAUAGACUCAAAACCACAAUGACGUAGCUAGAAACAGAAACGUAAAGGCGGACCCACUAGUGUGGUCCCUCUGCACGCUCCUAAAUAAACGAUUAUCUCUGCUUUUAUUGUUUCUGCAAAGAUCGAAGAAGUUGCCUCAGAGGUAUGCAACUUAUAACGAUCAGAGAACUAUACAGAUAAAAGUCACUACACAAAAUCUCUGAAAGUGAAUACUAAUGUGAAAAUUGAUUAAAAUAUUAUAUUAGCGCGUUAAGACAUCAGGUAUGACAUGCUGCGCACAGAGUCCUGACAAAUGAUCAAGAUGUUAGGGAGUGGAAAGAGACUUAUACAAAUAUAUAUUUUCACAGUGUGCAGUAUGAAAUGUAAAUAUUCUUUGAAAAUUAAGUUAGAUUAUUCAUUUAGUAUGUAAAGAAUGUCUUUGAUGCUAACUUAAACAGAUGCCCUAGUGUCCAGACACAUCAUAUAGGUGCAGUCUAUCACAUGAGCGUUUUUAUUUCCGUACGCCGAUACCAGGCUUUAUUCUACGUUAUCCGGAUAACUGACGUUACGCCAUCACUUUCGGUUUAUCAAACGUGCAUAAAACCUUAAAUUAAAGUAAUGCAUAAGUAUUGAAGUAAAUGAUAAAUAUGUUUCUUUUUCUAGAUAGUUACGUCCUAUUGAUAUCUAUCAUUACUUUGAGCUUACAUUUUUGAGAAA